AAUGGGGCUUGCGUACUAGGAGCCCCCUAAAUCAAAACAAACAAAAAUAAUAAAAUUUCUAUUAUAUUUAUUAUUUCCAUUUAUUAUCCUCUCCAUAUGGAAUAUUGCCCUCCUAUAAUAAAAGUGCCAUAAUAUUUACUCGGCAAAUAAAAGUGAAAAAUGAUCCAAGACCCAAUAAUAAAACCCCAGCUGCACGGAAAACCUAAUUGGAAUAAAAGGGCAGUUUGUCGUGCUUUUAAAAUCAUUUAAGUUAAUUAAUUGCCGCAAUUUAAUCCCGGAUUAUGUCAUGUCACGUUUCGUCAUUAAUCAUAAAACUAUCCUUAUUCGGUUUAUCUAAUCUAAAUUAAAUUAAAUUCUCAGUGCGAUUAAGAAAAAUUAUCUCACACAGUUGAUAGCAUUAUGUCGAAGCAGGAGCCAGAUCCUGAUUUGUUUAUAUCGCCGAAUUAUUGUAAAAAGCUCGGCAAUGAAGUUUUGGAAGAUACAAAGAUCGAGCAGGAGGUUUCUAUAGCGAAAAUUGAACUUUCUAAUCCGGCUAAGAUAUUGCAGUUAGUGGAGAGUCUUACCGAUAAGUCUACGAGGAAGUUGGAAGUGAAACUUAAUAGAUAUCUCAAAACCGAAUGCGAAUCAAAAGCCACUUUCCUAAUCAGCCUGCACUCUAUAGCUGAAGAGGCCGUAGUACAAGUAUUCCAUGAAAGAAUCCUAUUAGACCCUUUAAGAGUCACUUUAUCAGACGAGACCCUCAAUGCUUUGGUGAAUUUUCAAAUUAAUCAUUUAACAGGCUCAGAACAAUUAGAUCCAAAAAUACAAGGGCUAAUAAAGGAUGUUGUACCACAAGGUACUGGCGAAGUUAUUGUUGUACCUGUAUUGAGACAAGAGUGUAAAGAAAAAGAAGUAUCAUAUCCAGUAUAUUUAGUAUGCAUAGUAAACCCAGUAAGAGACAGCUUAUACAUAUCAAAAAUAGUGAGCGAAACUUUCAAUUAUUGUUUGACGUUGUUUUUAAAUACGAGACAAAGCGAAGAUGAAAGAAGACUGAAGGCCGAGUGUCAGAGUCUCCUGUUGGUAGCCAGGAAGCUUUUUUCACAUUUAGGUGAUUUGAGUGAUUUAUUAAAAGAAAUCAUGUCUGAGGCCAGGCGAUUAACCAAUGCUGAAAGAUGUUCUUUGUUUCUUUUGGAUCCUGAUCAUUUGCAUUUGGUUGCUAAGGUUUUUGAUGGUGUAAGUCCAUCUGAAAGGAGUACUGAAGUGAGGAUUGCUGCUGAUCAAGGAAUCGCCGGUCACGUGGCCGCCACCGGUCAAAUACUCAACAUAAAAGACGCCUACAAGCAUCCCUUAUUCUACAAAGGGAUGGACGAAGCUACCGGCUUCAAAACCCGCAACAUUCUUUGUUUCCCAAUCAGGGAUGAGGACAACAUUGUGGGAGUGGCUCAACUGUGCAACAAAAUCAACGGCCAUUUUGAUUAUUUCGACGAACAAGUCGCUAACGCUUUCAGCAUUUAUUGCGGAAUUUCUAUAAUGCACAGCUUAGUGUACAAGAAAAUACAAGAUGCUCAAGCAAGGAGUCGAUUGUCAAAUGAACUUAUGUUGUAUCACAUGCAGGUCAGUCGUCAAGAUGUCCUUGACGUAACAAUGUGCCCAAGUCAGCACGAAAUGCCACAUUUUUCAAAAUUCAGUUUUACGCCUCGCAAUAUUUUGUUGAAAGAGUCACCCUGUUUCGUACUGAAAAUGAUGCAAGAUUUAGGCUUUAUUGACACAUUCCGGAUCAAGCAGGAUAUUCUAGUGCGUUUCAUACUCUACGUCAGAAAAGGGUACCGAGACGUACCUUAUCACAAUUGGUCCCAUGCUUUUUCCGUAGCUCACUUUGCUUAUUUGGCUUUGAAGAAUUUUGAGCUUGUAGAAAAAGGGUACUUCACCCAAUUAGAAGCUUUGGCCUACUUCAUUUCCUGUCUAUGUCACGAUAUCGACCAUCGUGGUACCACCAAUUCCUUCCAGCAACAAUCCAAUAGCGUUUUAGCUUCUUUGUAUUCCAGUGAAGGUUCUGUAAUGGAAAGACAUCAUUUGUCCCAGACCAUUUGCACUCUAAAUACUGAGGGGUGUAACUUUUUGGAAUCUCUAUCCAAAGACGACUACGUUAAAUGCCUGGAUUUAAUCAAAGACAUGAUUCUGGCUACUGAUUUGGCAUCGCAUUAUAAAAUUCAUUCGAGACAAUUGACCUUGGCACAGGAAGGCUACGAUAAAACCCAACCGGAACACAGGUACUACUUGGCCAGUCUCCUGAUGACUUGCGCCGACUUGUCGGACCAAACCAAAGAUUGGGCCGAAACCAAAAAAGUCGCCCAACUUAUUUACGCCGAGUUUUUCGCCCAGGGCGACCUCGAAAAGAAAAUGGGCAAAACACCUGCUAACAUGAUGGACAGAGAAAAAGCUUCUAUACCCGAUCACCAGCUGGAGUUUUUGACUCAAUGUUGUAUUUGUAUUUUUAGAAUUCUAGCUACGAUAUUUCCCCACGCUAAAGUUUUAGUGGACGCCAUCAAACAAAACAUCCUCUGUUGGGAAUCUUCAAAGAGGAUUUUCGAGAAGUUUAAAUUGGAGGGUAAAACAUCUUACGAGGUUUUGGUCAGUGAAGAAUUGGAAUUUGAAGUACGGAGCACUUUGGAUAAUCUCAAUUGAGUUAUUUGUAGCUUUGUUCCAACCAACAUGAGAACCAGUAAUUUCCAGUCGACCAAUUUAUUUGUCAAGUUAUGUAACUGGAAAUUACUGAUUCUCAUGUUGGUUCGAACAGACCUUAUAUAUCAAAAAAAGGCGUGCAAUAAAUUUCUGAGCUUUAUAUAUAGAAUUGGGUUGUUUAUAAAUUGAUAUUUUAUUGAAAAAAAACAAAUAUACAAAUUGUAGUUGGACUAUUAUUACUCUUUUAUAGCAGUUUCCAGAAAUCCAGACAUAAUAGGAUAAACUGGGUCGUAGUUGGUGGAAUUUUUAGUUCUCACUAGGCCCUCGUAUUUUUGUAGGGCUCCAGCCACUAAAUCCAAUCGUUCGGAUUCGGUUGGAUGUUCAUCCAACCAUGCUGAUAUUUUUGGUAAAGACCAACCUAAAUUUGAAUUUUUAAAGUUUGAAGCAAACCUAACAUAAUCUAAAAACUAUGAGUGAAAUUACCUGUAUUUUGAUGAGGACUAGCUAAAUCAGGUCCGGCAUAGGAAAACAGCAUCAGCAAAAUCGUACUGUGUGGUACCGAACUGCCCUGAGCUUGUCCCGCAAUGAUUUCUUCAGGAGUUUGGGUUAUCAAGGAGGCCAUGGAUUUUAGGAGCCUAUAAGGCCUGCCUAGGCUUGAUAAUUGGGGGCAAAUAAGUUUCAAGGCUUCCUCCAAAUGGCGGUAAUCGGUUUGAAGCCUUUGACGUCCUCCAGCUGAAAUGGGACGUAAAAUUGACGAAUGACGGACUAGUAGGUCAAUGCUUCUUAAGGCGAUUUCAUUGCAUCUAGAAAAUUUCAUUUAUUACAAUUGAGAAUUUUGAGUAAUUUUUAGUUACUUUUCAGACAAAACUUCUUUAUUUUGAAAAUCCUUAAGGUAAGUAUUAUAAACUCUAUUAAUAAAGUGCACUAGUUCUUUCAUAUAAGGGCUGCACGAGAUGUUUUUGUUGUUCAAAACUGGCAAUUUGGUCCAGUCGUUUUCCAAAUGCAUCGUUACAAUAAUUGUUUCCACAACAGAAUUAAUCGAAACUGGAAAAAAAUU